AUGAGAUCCGCCAGUGGGUACAGUGACGGUAAGAGUGUCAGACAGAAUACCACAAGGAACUUUUCAACAAAAGACAAGCCAGGCACCUUGCUAUUGAACCUCUACGAGUCUGCACCCCCGGCGCAAUAUUCAGUUGACUUUGAUGUGCUUCUCAAUGAAGACAUCCCCGUUCAACACCAAGAUACCAGCACAGCACGUAACAUUGUCAUCGCCCAGUCUACGUAUGUUGUAGUUUCCCGAAUAUACAAAUCGCGUUCUGCUCCAAACAGCCCACUGUAUAAUACAAAACUAUUAGAGGAUGUGGUUGAUGACUAUGACAGUGCUCGCUAUGUAACAACUCUCUGUUGCAGAGAGCGUUGA